AUGUCGGAGUCAACAAUAGAACAAGCGAAACGGGAAAUUGAUGAAUCUUUGAUUCUGAGUGCAUUCUGCAUGCGUCGUAUCGGGCUCUCGUUCCAGGAUCCCAAAAGUGGAGCGGCUUAUUUACGUCAGAAGCUGAUGUUCAUUGCAUCUGUCUGCGGCAUUUGCUACCACGUAUUCAGUGAAAUCGUCUUCAUCGGUCUCACGUUGUCGAAUUCGCCACGAGUCGAGGAUGUCGUUCCACUUUUCCAUACUUUUGGCUACGGUGCUUUAAGUAUCGCAAAAGUAUUUGUGUUGUGGUACAAAAAAGAUGUAUUCCGUCAGCUACUGAAUGAGCUAGCUGGCAUAUGGCCGAUGCCUCCGCUGGAAGAGGAAGCCUUAAUCAUUAAGAACAAGAGUCUGGCCGCUCUCCGCAUAACACAUCGAUGGUAUUUCUUCAUGAAUGUAUCGGGUGUGUGGUUCUACAACUUGACUCCGAUCGUCGUUUAUCUGUUUGGCCUAAUUCAAGGCAAGAGCGAUAAGAUUGGAUACGUCUGGCAGUCCUGGUACCCGUUUGAUAAACACCAAACGGUUGCGCAUGUCGCGGUUUAUCUCUUUGAAAUAUUCGCAGGUCAGACUUGCGUAUGGAUUAUGGUCAGUACAGACCUCUUAUUCUCAGCUAUGGCCAGCCAUAUAAGUAUACUGUUACGGCUCCUGAAGCAACGACUGGAAGCUGUGGGUACAAUUGAUAAUGAGCACUAUGACGAGAUACUCGGGAACAUUAAAUUACACCAGAGGCUUAUAACAUACUGCAACGAUUUAGAAAACGCUUUCUCCUUGUCGAACUUCGUGAACAUUAUGUUGAGCUCCGUCAAUAUCUGCUGUGUAGUGUUCGUUAUUGUGCUCCUUGAACCGUUCAUGGCGAUCAGUAACAAACUGUUUUUGGGUUCAGCUCUAAUUCAAAUCGGAAUGCUGUGUUGGUACGCGGACGACAUUUUCCAUGCGAACGCUGAUGUAGCGGCGGCUGCGUACAAUAGCGGAUGGUACCGUACAAAUCCUCGCUGUCGUCGCGCCCUGCUUUUCCUUAUACAGAGGGCUCAGAAACCGAUUGCGUUCACAGCAAUGGGCUUCACAAAUAUCACCCUCGUUACGUAUUCAGCGAUCCUCACGAGGUCGUACUCGUACUUCGCAUUGCUAUAUACUAUGUACAACGAAAAUUAA